AUUGGGUGGGUCGAACUUCCCCACGAAAGCCCGAGGUCAGCACAUAAACGAGGGAAACUGGCGAGCUGUCUGGACGAAGUUGCAGCGGAUCUUGUGAUCAUGGCAGAAGAAGUACCAGCUGUGGAAGAAGCCAUCAGCCCAGCUCAAAGUCCUCUGGUCACACUCACCUUCCAGAAAAACAUCCACAGGAAAGAGAAGUACCUGGAAGCUGAACCCAAAGCUCUGGGGAUCACUCAGAUCAGCCUCAGUGUUUUCACGAUGCUCAGCACCAUUGUGUUUCUGAUUAACUGGGGUAAUACGUACGCUGUUAUACCUUUCUUCAUCUCAUCUCUCCUGGUGAUAAUAGCUGGGAGCAUAGCUGUAGCAGCAAAGAAUCUUCAUCUGCCAACACUAAGGGCCUGCUUGGUGAUGCAGAUUGUGGCAUGUGUCGCUUCCAUCGUCAGUGUAGUCUGCACUCUGAUUAAGGAUAGCACACCCUAUUACUGCUGGCACUCUUACAGGAUGGACUUCAAAUAUGGUGAAAUCUGCCAUAAAAUUGAGAAAAUCAAUUCCCACUUUUGUGCUGGAGGUGUGCUCAUCCAGGCGACUCUGUUUGCCAUCUCUGCUACUUUGGCUGCCUACUGCUGUAAAGUGGUCAACUGUUGUGGGCCACCGGCUAAACUACCAGUGAUCACCGUACAAGCCCCUCCCACCCAGGAGUGAAGACGGGACAGGCGCAAAAGACUCGCGUACAGCCACGAAGAUGCUCCAGUACAGUCUUGAGUUAAAACCAAAUCAGUAUUUUGAGAAUAACAAUCAUGCGUAAUGUCAAGGUGUGAUAAACCCAUUACCACAUUAAGUGGCACUUUACUCUCCAUUAUAUAUACAUAUACACACACACCUAUAUAUAUAUACACAUAUACAUAAUAUAUAUAUAUAUAUAUAUAUAUAUAUAUAUGUACACCAAACAGAAAACAGGGGGACUUCCAGGCCAAGGAACAAGGCACAUGAGCCAAAUUAGUUCAUGGAGGUUGACCAGGAAAAGAAGAAGCAAGAAACUGAGACUUGGUUAAUACGACUAUUGAUUUGUGCUUGAAGAUGUCCUGUGAGCCGCCUAUUACGCAAGCUGUUAACUCUCAGAAACUUGUCCUCUGAUUCAGUUGUGUCUUUGGGUUUGUCAGACCUCUUCCUGACAGAGUUUGUUACUGAGCCUUUUGAUGGUGAAGGAAACUGUACUCACUGACACCUUGACUUUCUUUGCAAUUUCUCUGUAGGAUAGACCUUGCAAUAAAUAACUGGAAAAAUUGGA